UCACGCACACUGCGACUGCGAGUGAAGUGAGAGAUCUGGACCGUCCGAUCCGAUGAGGCAGAUGAUCCGACGGCUCUCCCGCGUCGGCGACUGCUCGUCGCCCUCCUCGCCGCCGCCAUUCUCGCCGGCGCCACGCCGCGGAGGCGGCGGAGGUGGGAGCAGCGGGAAGAGGUCGUCGUCGGCGGCGGCGGCGCACGAGGGGGUACCCGAGGGGCACGUGCCGGUGUACGUGGUCGGGGAGGGGGAUGGCGGCGAGGCGGCGGCGGCGGAGCGGUUCGUCGUGCGCGCCGAGCUGCUCGGGCGGCCGGCGCUGGCCGAGCUCCUCCGCCGCGCCGCGCAGGAGUACGGCUACGACCACCACGGCCCGCUCCGCAUCCCCUGCCGCGCCGACGUCUUCCGCGCCGCGCUCGCCGCCGCCGGCGACGAGGACGACGACAGCGAGUAGCCGCGCGCGGCCGGCCGUCGGUUGGGCUUGUGGGCCGGGCCGGGCCGGGCCGGGCUGGACCCAUUUGUAAAUAGCUCGGAGAACUUUGUGGUUCUUUGCCUUUUAAUUUGAGUUUUUUUUCCUUUUUAUUUUCCCUGUCUAAGGGAAUUUUGAUGAGAGAGUGAUUGAGUGAGUGAAGACGAUGUAAAAUUGAUAAGUAAAUAAGUACGAGUGAUGUUUAAUUAGCUUGAGCUGCUUAUUAUGGUUACUGUACUAUAGUAAUAAUCAUGAACAGUUGUUCACUUAUUUGACUGUACUUUGAAGAUUAUGUCUUUGGCAAAA